UCGGGUUCUCCAGGCGUGUACAUGGUGCUUAGUAGAGCUGUCAGCCGCAAUAGAAAUACACAUCUACUGGUAUAGAGCGUUUUUUUUUUUUGUCGUCGUAGUAAAGUAGGGAUUACAUUACCAAAUCAGUUCGAAUGUCGACAUUCUUUAUUUAAACGAGCUCCUCGUGUUUUGAGUAUUUCAAACGGGUCCCGCUAGAAGGAGCAACAUAAAAGGGGCGGGUGCGAUUCAUUACUGGCUCCAGUCCUGUGCAACACCUCAGCUAAUCUGACGUUACAGUCUGGUGAGACAUACUGUCACUGAGCCUGCCAGGUGAAGAGCUCAUUUGGACGAACACUAGCGAUGAAAUAAUUAUUUACGGCAUUUUUAUAGCUAUAUGUGUCUUUCCUAACACCGAGGUGUCACGCGGGUGAUAUUGCGCUGUCAAUUAUUUGACUUUCUUUUAAAAAAAAAUUUAUAUCUGUAUUUAUUCCAUUGGCUGUUGGAUAACAUUAGCUUGUUAGCAAGAUAGCUAGUUAAACAACAAUGUCGGAUAACCAGAGCUGGAAUUCUUCGGGUUCCGAUGAAGACGUGGAGACGUCGGAAUCGGGAGUCGGGCAGCCAGUUGUUGGUGUCGCGGAGCUCGGUGGAAUCAUCAGCAAGUGGACUAACUACAUCCACGGCUGGCAGGAUCGCUGGGUGGUCCUGAAGAACAACACUCUGAGCUACUACAAGUCUCAGGACGAGAGAGAGUUCGGCUGCAGAGGGUCCCUGUGUCUCAGCAAGGCUGUCAUCACUCCCCAUGAGUUUGACGAGUGCAGGCUGGAUGUCAGUGUUAACGACAGCGUGUGGUACCUGAGGGCCACAGACCCGGAACACAGACACCAAUGGAUCAAUUCCAUCGAACUACACAGGAGUCUAAGAGAGGGGAGGAUAGACAGUGGAGUCAUCCAGAGGACAUCACUAGUCCCUCCAGCAGCAGUGUGUUUAAUGGCGGAGUCUGGGUAUGGGUCAGAACCCAGUCUGAGGAGACAUGGCUCCAUGCUGUCUCUCACGUCUGCUACCAGCGGCUACUCUGCCACAUCCACAUCCUCCUUCAAGGGUCACAGCCUGAGAGAGAAGCUGGCGGAAAUGGAGACGUUCAGAGACAUCCUGUGCAGACAAGUGGACACGCUGCAGAAGUACUUUGACGGCUGCUCCGACGCUGUCUCCAAGGAUGAGCUGCAGAGAGACAAAGUUGUUGAGGAUGAUGAGGAUGAUUUCCCCAACACUCGGUCAGACGGAGAGUUCAUCCACAACAACAACGGCAGCAAGGAGAAGCUGUUCCGAUCUCUGAGCCCUAAGGGCAUCAAUGGAAUAGACUUUAAGGGCGAGGCGAUCACGUUUAAGGCCACCACAGCUGGGAUUUUGUCCACCCUGUCCCACUGCAUCGACCUGAUGGUGAAGAGAGAGGACAGCUGGCAGAAGCGACUGGACAAGGAGACGGAAAAGAGGAGGAGGAUAGAGGAGGGCUACCAUUCCGCUCUCUCUGAGCUCAAGAAGAAGUCUCACUUUGGAGGGCCUGAUUACGAGGAGGGGCCUAACAGCCUGAUCAAUGAGGAUGAGUUUUUCGAUGCCGUUGAAGCUGCUCUUGACAGACAAGACAAGAUGGAGGAACAGUCUCACACCGAGAAAUCGCGGAUACAGAGAUCCAGUCCAGUUCCCCCGGGAGAUGUCUACUCCACCAUAGGAUCACACAGAUUCGCUGACAAGGUGGAGGAGAUGGUGCAGAAUCACAUGACCUACUCGCUGCAGGAUAUGGGUGGGGACGCCAACUGGCAGCUGGUGGUGGAGGAGGGGGAGAUGAAGGUGUACAGGAGGGAGGUAGAGGAGAAUGGUAUUGUCCUGGACCCCCUGAAGGCCACCCAUUCUGUGAAGGGAGUCACGGGACAUGAGUUGUGUCACUACUUCUGGGACACGAACGUACGCAACGACUGGGAGACCACCAUUGAGAACUUCAACGUUGUGGAGAUGUUAUCGGACAACGCUGUAAUCGUCUAUCAGACACACAAGAGGGUGUGGCCAGCAUCCCAGAGAGACGUGCUGUACUUGUCUGCUAUGAGGAAGAUCCUGGCUAAUAACGAGAAUGACCCAGACACCUGGCUGGUCUGCAACUUCUCUGUGGACCACGACAACGCCCAGCCCACCAACAGGUGUGUUCGUGCCAAAAUCAACAUUGCCAUGAUAUGCCAGACCCUGGUUAGCCCACCAGAGGGCGACCGGGAGAUCAGCAGAGACAACCUUACCUGUAAAAUCACCUACGUCGCCAAUGUGAACCCAGGAGGCUGGGCUCCUGCCUCAGUUCUGAGGGCUGUGGCCAAGAGGGAGUACCCCAAGUUCCUCAAACGCUUCACCAGCUAUGUCCAGGAGAAGACAGCCGGGAAACCUAUCCUCUUCUGAGUCUCACAGGACUCACAGCACCCCUGUCCACACAAGACUGUUCCGAACAUUGAGUACCAUUUCAACCCAACUCUAGCUAGCCAUCAUACUAAGUGCUAGGGUACAGCUAGGCCUUUUCAGACUAGCUUCCAUGCAAGCUCUCUUGCUAGGUCUUCAGCUAGCUUCAAUAUAAGGCCUCAUGCUAGCUUCAAUGCUAGUUUCCCAUUCUAUACCUCAUGCUAGCUUCCUAUACUAGCUCUCAUGCUAGUUUCCUAUGCCAGGUCUUAUGCUAGGUCCUUUGCAAAUUCUCAUGCUAGUUCUUAUGCUAGCUCCCAUGCUAGUUUCAUUAGCUAAUGCAGAAAGACCUAUAAGAAAAUGUCAAUUGUGAGAGAUAUUAAUAUAUAAAUGUACGUAUGUGUUAUAAGAAAUUUAUAAGAAAGCAGUUUAAGACUGGAAGACAAAACAUUACUCUAUUUUAGUCCUGCUUUUUGUAGUCCUUUUUUAAGAGAUGGAGUUUGUUCUUAUUUUCUGUUGAUUUAGCUUUUUAUAAUAAUCAGUGGUGUUACAGCUUAUUCUCAUGCUGCUAAUUUUCUUAGUACAACUAAAUGGGGCGGCAGGGUAGCCUAGUGGUUAAAGCGUUGGACUAGUAACCGGAAGGUUGCAAGUUCAAACCCCCGAGCUGACAAGGUACAAAUCUGUCGUUCUGCCCCUGAACAGGCAGUUCUUAAACUGACUUGCCUUGUUAAAUAAAGGUAAAAUAAUAAAUAAAUCAGAUCACCUUUUUUCCAGAAUGAUCAUCUUGUUUGUAAGAAACAAAAAAACAACAAAAUUCCAGAGGGCUGUCAUUGAACUAUGACCCCUAUGACAUUUUCUUCUGUCUCUCUGGUGAAAACACUACUUUGCUGGUGCUGAUGGAGGGACGAGGCUAAAAGUUAUUUUAUUUUCAAAUGUUGAAAAUGUAUUAAAUCUUCACAUUUCUUUAUUUUGGGGUUGUACUUGGGUUUCAAUGUUAUACUAUAACACAAUUUUGAUUUGGGAUUUUAGAUAUCUGGAUUAUAACUGUAUAUAAUGUCAAUAACCAUUUCUGCUUCACAGCCAGCUGUAAAAAUGUUUGCAAAUGCUUUUUGUGACUGAAUUGACUCUAUGCCUUAGACUGGGGGAGAUAAUACAAUACGUUUUGGGUAGGGGAGAGGGUGCUGAUAGACAUUACACCCAUAUGAAAUCACUAGAGACGUGCCAAGGGCCGAGUUCCAAUACCUGAUUAUCGUCCCUUUCUCUCCUGACGAUCCCUGAUAUGACUGAGUGGGAAACUUAAACUUGACCCUUACUUAUCCAAUCAGGAUGAUGUCAGAGCAGUUAUUAGUAGGAAGGGAGGAAGUAAGGAGGUCCUUUUUAAGCAAGGCAUGGGUAGCAAACUUAUUCCAUGGAGGGCCUAGUGUCUGCAGGUUUUUGUUUUUUCCUUUCAAAUAAGACCUAGAGGACCAGGUGAGGAGUUCUUUACUAAUUAGUGACCUUAAUUAAUCAAGGGAGGAGCGGAAAAACCCCAGACACUCUGCCCUCUGUUUAGACAGUUUUUACAUUUUACAGCAGACUGAUGCUUUGUCGCCUGCUGGGUACUUCAGUCAAAACAAUGAUGGUCUCCACAUAGUGAAGACUUGUCUUUAAUUUCAGAUAGUUCAUAUAAAUAGGUAAUCUAAGGGGUUAAUACGAUGACUAAUUAAUUUCAUACCCCCUUUUAGUUCAAACAUUGUGAUAUUGCAAUCAGAGGAGGAGCUAUAUGCCAAUCAACUUUUCUGUCCAAUGGAGAGAUUGGUUCAAAUCCUUAGAGGAUGAUGGUGUGGCCUGUAUGCUGGCUUUCAUUCCAACUGAUCCUUGAUUUGGUCAAGUGUUUUUAAAUUAUGUUCACCCCUUUGUGAAGAAGUCCAAUAAAUUAUUUCUAGACUAAUGUAUAAAGCCACGUGGAGAAAUACCUGGUUAGAAAGACACUUUAAAGGCUGGUUUCCCAGACUCAGAUUGAGCCGACUUCUGGACUAAAAGCAUGUUCUACAUACAAUUUAGUCCUGGAAUCAGCAUAAUGUGGGUCUCGCAAACUGUCCCAAUAAGAUGUCCCUCUCCUACGAAUGAAGAUACAUUUGCACUGAAUGUAAAAUGUUUGGAAAAUCGUGUAAAUAAAAGUGUUCUCACUAAA